GAAGAAGAAAUAGAAAAAAAGAAGUAGAGUCGAGCCUUAAACGUGCUGUCAUCAUUUAGUGUAUUUAUUUGUUAUUCGUAAGCGGCUCGCGAAUUAGAAAUUCGCACGGUUUUCAAAAAAAUUCCCGAUAUUUAUCCCCCCAAAGAAACAUCCCCUUCGCAUCCUCCCCCCCAAAAACGCACAUAACCCCAUUCUCCUCCAUCGUUUCGAGACAGACGAAGCAAAACAAACAUGGCUGACAUUUCGGACGAGAAACAAGAGCGCGUUUACGGGGGCUGCGAGGGCCCCGAUGCCAUGUACGUGAAACUGAUCUCCUCCGACGGGCACGAGUUUAUCGUGAAGCGCGAGCACGCCCUCACGUCGGGCACGAUUAAAGCCAUGCUGAGCGGCCCCGGACAAUUCGCCGAGAACGAGGCUAACGAAGUGAAUUUCAGGGAAAUUCCGUCUCACGUUUUGCAGAAGGUUUGCAUGUACUUUACGUACAAAGUGCGAUACACGAACAGCUCCACGGAGAUACCAGAGUUCCCCAUCGCCCCAGAGAUUGCCUUGGAAUUGUUAAUGGCGGCGAAUUUUCUGGAUUGUUGAAGAAUAAAACGAGAAACUUUAUUAACGUGAAAUAAUUUUUAGUAUACGAUUUGUUUAAACGAAUACACUCCUCUCUUCGAGUGGAGUCGAUUAACUUGGAAAUUCCUUUGUGAUUUUUUUUCGAUUUAAAAAUGUACUCGUGUUAAUUAUUAAUGUUUGUCAAAUUGUAGGGAAAUUUCGAUUUUAUUUUUUCGUACGUGAGGCGUGUUGGUACUAAUUGGUUACUAAUUUUUGCGAACACCCCAUAUAUAAAAUUUUAGUUGGUCUUUUGCUGGUUUACUGCGAGAGUAUACAUAGAAUUUUUUAAUUUAUAUAUACUAAAUAGUAGCGCCUGUAAAUUAAUUUGUGUCCGCAAUAAAUAAAUAAAUUUCUAAUAAUUUUAGUUAAUAAUUCUUCAAGGAUACAUCCGGCAAUGAUGUAUGCAAAAAUAUAUUUUUGAGCUAUUUUUGUCUCCAGAAUAUGUGGUUUAAUGUAUGGCCUAUAAUUUUGUUACACCCUGUAUUUAGAUGAGUUUUUUUGUUUAAUUUUCUUUUAAAUGGUUUUAAACGAUUUUUGGACAACA